GAGAACAGCAGGGAAGCAGACUGCCAUCAUGAGUGAGGACAACAAGAGUUCUCUGGAGAAAGUCCUCUCACAACUGAAAUGCCAUUUCACAUGGAACUUAUUUAAAGAAAAUGGUGUCCCAGAUGAUCUGGAAAGUCGAGUGCUUGACCAGAUUAGCACCUUAAAUAUUGAGUUCAAAGCCACAAUGUGCAACCUGUUGGCCUACAUAAAACACUGCAAGGGCCAAAACGAGGCAGCCCUGGAAUGCCUACAGCAAGCUGAAAAGUUCAUCCAGCAGGAGCACACUAACCAAGCAGAAAUCAGAAGUCUAGUCACCUGGGGAAACUAUGCCUGGGUCUACUAUCACCUGGGAAGACUCUCAGAAGCUCAGACUUACAUAGACAAGGUGAAACAAGUAUGUAAGAAGUUUUCAAAUCCUUAUAGUAUUGAGUGUCCUGAGCUUGAAUGUGAGGAAGGGUGGACAUGGUUAAAGUGCAGAGAAAACCAAAAUGAAAGAGCAAAGGUCUGUUUUGAGAAGGCACUAGAAAAGAAUCCCAACAACCCAGAAUUCUCGUCUGGUCUAGCAAUCUCUAUAUACCGUCUGGAUACGAAACCACAAAAGUACUUUUCUGUCGAUGUUCUGAAGCAGGCCAUUGAGCUGAGUCCUGAUAAUCAGUAUAUUAAAGUUCUCUUAGCCCUGAAACUGCUGCAAAUGAAUGAAGAAUCUGAAGGGGAACAGUUGGUUGAAAAAGCCUUGGAGAAAGCUCCUUGCCAAACAGAUGUCCUUCGUAAGGCAGCCAAAUAUUACAAAAUAAAAGGCAAUCUAGACAAAGCUAUUGAACUCUUUCUGAAGGCAAUAGAAUUCACACCAAAUAAUGGCUAUCUGUAUUACCAGAUUGCAUGCUGCUACACGGCAAAAGUCAAACAAGUUCAAGAUACAGGAGAAUCUGGAGUCAAUGGGAAUAGAGAGAAGAUUGAAGAACUGAGGGAAUAUGCUAAAGCCUAUUUGAAUAAAGCUAUUGAGAAGGGACUAAGUCCUCUGUAUUCAUUUUCUGAUCUCACUGAGCUCCUAGAAACAGAAGAACAUUAUCAGACAGCUUUCAGUAAAGAUGUCCCCAGCACAGAGAAACAACUCCGCGAGAGCUAUUGCAACUUUCAGGAGAAUCAUGGGGAGUCUGAAGACACUGCUGUCCGAAGAGAUUUAGUGAGUUUGCCCACAAGCAAAAAGCCAUUUGAAAAGGAAAAUAGGAAAUACCAACAACAGAAUAUAGAUGAAAGUCAAGUUCCACAAAAUGCACCAAAUUAUUGGUAUCAUCAAGGAUUAAUUCACAAGAUGAGUGGAGAUCUGCUGCAAGCAGCCAAAUGUUACGAGAAGGAACUGGGACGCCUGCUAAAGAAUAGCCCUUCAGGCAUAGACAGCUUGUUCCUGAACAUAGCUUCUUCUGAGCUUGAAGAAGGCAGUGAGGAACUGGGUCCAAACACAGAGAGCUCCCUGACUCCUAAGCUGAAAAACAUAGGCAGGAGAGGAACAGAGUAUCCAAGAAACGUGGAAUGAUGACCAUAAGGGCGGGAUGGGAAGGCGGGAGUUAUCCAGUCUGAGUUUGCCUUUUGCUUUAAUGUACUUUUUUUUUUAGAAAGCUGUUUUCUUGCGUUCCUCUCCCUGUCCACACUCACCACACACAGUUCUCUAGUCUGUAGUUCUUCUAACAACUCGAGGAAACAGUGCUCUGAGCCUAGUUGACACUGCUCAGUUUUCAUUUUUCACUUAGUUCCCCAGAUACUCCCAUUUCUGUCCUUUUUGCCAAGUGACAUAACUGGUGACUUUACCAACAGAAUCUCACAUCCCUCAUGCAUUACUCUCUAGACCUUAAGACCUCCUGAAGGAAUGAAUAGCUAUUGACUAACCCUGGAAUAUUCCUUAUGUCUUGCUCUUGACAUUAGCCAUGUAUUGAUAUGUAUUCCUGAUAGUGAUACUGUGCUUUAACAAUAAUAAUGUUACAAUAAAUUUUAAAAUUGAA